AUGCUCCAGACGCAAGUCACACUGUCAUCGCGUACGUACAAGCUGGUCCGUCAUAUGUUUGCUUUGGUUAACAUUUGCCAGCCGGCUGAAGGCAUGCGCGGUGAUGCCUGGGACUUGUCCUCGAUUAUAAAGUGGGCAGACUUCUUCUGGGAGCCUCCAACUUUGGAUUCCACACAGCCAGUUUGGACAAACGAUUUCAAAAAUGAUGUCAAUACUGCUUUGGUUAAGUUGGCAAAGGCCUUUGAUAAUGCCGAAAGAAACCAUCGCAAGCAACACAGAAUCGGUUCGGAGAAGACUGAGCCUGUAGGUGCUCUUGAUGAACACAUUUAUGAAUACAGGCUUGCAAAUUAA